CAGCGGAGCCCGGCGGGCGGAGGAGGGGGUAGGAAACCUGGACGGGCCCCCACGAGGACGGUUGGGAGCCGGCAGCGCCGCUGGGCCAGGAGAUUGCAGCUAUCCUAAGACAACAGCUCUGCAAAUAUGACUUCUCAAGUAACUUUUGAAGUAAGAGGGCCAUCAGUACCAGGAGAGGUCUUUGCCAUAUGUGGGAGCUGCAGUGCUUUGGGCAGCUGGAAUCCGCAAGCUGCCGUGGUCCUGCAAACCGACGAUCGUCAGUUAUGGAAAGCUACAGUAGAGCUUCCUAGAGGAGUUCCCGUUUGGUAUCGCUACUUUAAAGGAUACUUCCUAGAACCUAAGACUAUCGAUGGUCCCUGCGAAGUCAUAGUUCACACGUGGGAGACUCAUCUACAACCACGAUCAAUUACCCCUUUAGAAAAUGAAAUCACAAUCGACGAUGGAUACUUCGGAAUCCGUAAUGGGAUUGAAACUGUGGAUGCUGGGUGGCUGACGUGUCAGACAGAAAUCAGACUGCGCCUGCAUUACUCGGAGAAGCCACCUGUAGUGAUCUCUAAGAAGAAAUUCAAAACAUCAAGGUUCAGAGUAAAACUGACUCUUGAAGGCUUAGAGGAAGAUGAGGAUGAUGAAGAGGGCCAGGAGAAAAUAUCCCCUACUGUCCCUCAGAAAAUGGCCAACACUGUUGAGUUCUCCUUGAUCAGCAACAACGAAUACAAGUGCCGGCACACGCAGCCUGACUGUGGCUACGCCCUGCAGCCAGACCGAUGGAUCGAGUACACAAUUCAGACCAUGGAGCCUGACAACCUGGAGUUAAUCUUUGAUUUCUUUGAGGAAGAUUUAGGUGAGAAGGUAGUACAAGGAGACGUGCUCCCAGGUCAUGUAGGCUCUGCCUGCCUCCUAUCAUCCACGAUUGCAGAACAGGGAAAGAGUGCUGGAAUUCUUACACUUGCUAUUAUGAGCAGAAACCCCAGAAAGACAAUUGGAAAAGUUAGAGUGGACUACAUCAUCAUCAAGCCAAUCCAGGGAUACACUUGUGAUAUGAAGGCUUCUUAUGCUAAAUACUGGAAACCAAGAACAACUCUAGAUGUUGGACACAGAGGAGCAGGAAAUUCUACCACAACAGCUAAGCUGGCUAAAGUUCAGGAGAACACUAUUGCCUCUCUGAGGAAUGCUGCUAGUCACGGAGCAGCAUAUGUGGAAUUUGAUGUUCAUCUCUCUAAAGACCAUGUGCCUAUUGUGUACCACGACCUCACCUGUUGCAUGGCCAUGAAGAAGAAACUGGAUACAGAACCUUUGGAACUGUUCGAGAUUGCAGUCAAAGAACUCACAUUUGAUCAGCUACAGCUGCUGAAGCUGGCUCAUGUGACUGCCCUGAAAGUGAAGGAUCACAACGCAUCUUUCAAAGAGGAAGAGAACUCUGCUUUUGAGACCCAGCCUUUUCCUUCUCUGCAGAGGGUGCUGGAGUCUGUUUCUGAAGAUGUUGGGUUCAACAUAGAAAUCAAGUGGAUCUGCCAGCAGAGGGAUGGCCAGUGGGAUGGCAACUUGUCAACUUACUUUGAUAUGAACCUCUUCCUGGAUAUUAUCCUAAAAACUGUCUUGAUGAAUGCUGGGAGGAGAAGAAUUGUUUUCUCUUCUUUUAAUGCAGACAUCUGUACAAUGAUUCGGCACAAGCAGAACAAGUACCCUGUGUUGUUUCUCACCCAAGGAGAGUCCAAACUCUACCCAGAGCUCAUGGAUCUUCGGUCUCGUACGACUCCAAUUGCCAUCACCUUUGCACAGUUUGAGAACUUGCUGGGGAUCAAUGUGCACUCCGAAGACCUGCUAAGGAAUCCAUCCUUCAUCAAAAGGGCCAAAUCUAAAGGCCUGGUGAUCUUUUCCUGGGGAGAUGAUGCAAAUGACCCAGACAACAGGAAGAAGCUGAGAGAAUAUGGUGUUCAUGGGCUGAUAUAUGACAGGAUAUAUGACUCGAAUCCUGAACAACCAAAUAUAUUCCAGGUGGAGCAGCUGGAACGCCUGAAGAAAGAAUUACCAGAGUUGAAAAGCUGUGUGUGUCCCACAGUUAGCCACUUCAAAUCCAUAUCUCCAUGUAAAUGUCAUCACAGUUGCCUGGAGGAGAAAGCUGUAGAUAACUUGAAGAGUGUUCAAAUGCAGAAGGACUCAUGCUAGGCGGAGUGCUGGUCUGUAGCUCUUCCACCUGCGCCGCUGGAACAGUGCUGGCUAUGCCUGCAGGUCGGUUGGUCAGAAGUCCCCCACAUAGCAAUAACUGUUCCUGCUUCCUGACAGUGCUUGUGAAAAUCUGAAACAGUGGUCAGAUGCUCAGACACCUUCAGUUACUGUUCCAGCUGACACAAACACUCAGUUGCAACUCUUUCCUACCAUCAAGUCUCAAACCUUGAACAAGAAGAAGUAUUAAUGCAAAGUGUGUUUUGGGAAAAUUAGAGAUGUUAGGCAGUCUGAGGAGUGGAAGCUCAGAAACUUAAAAUUGUAGGGAAAUUACAAUGACCUGAUGCUGAAUAUGCUGAAAAUUUGGUUUGAGUUGGUUUUUACUUCACUGCUACAGCUCGUCAGCCUGUACCUGACAACAGGAGAUGGAGUGCUUGUAAGGUGAAUAGAGUUAGAUCUGGCCUGAAUGAUUUGGUACCUCAUCCAUACCUCUUUGCACUGAUAAAUCCACCUGCACAAAGCUUUGUGCCACUUCAGAGGCUGUUUUUAAGUAAACUGCAAUGCACAUAACUGAUUUUUUUUUUCUCCUCCCCCCCCCACCUGAUUAGACUUUGGGCUGCUGCCAUCGUUCUCUGAUUUGCCAAUUCAUUGGUACGGUGUCUGUGUGUGGCAGUGGAGGGUGAACCUUCAAGACCCUCUUCUCUCAGCAGCCUCCCACAGGCCUGCUAGACUAUAGAAACGUCGCCGAUCGUUUGAACAGGAUUACAGAAACAUCUUCACUGGCUGAGAACCUUCCUUUUUGUUUUCUUUUUGUUUGUCUUUUGCACAGUAACCUUAAUCUGUAAGAUGCACAAACUACAAACUGCAUGCUUUAGUUACUAAGCAUGGACUGUAGGUGUUUGCUGAGGUCCUUGCAUCUUUACGGUGCUAGUUAUGUGUGAAGGCUGCAAGGACUAACUCAAGGAUUUAUCAUCUUUGCCUAAAGCCACGAGCCUGUGACUCUCAGACAGCUGAAGGCUGUACCAUAGGUGGUUUGUCUCACAUCCUAACAACAAGCUACUGGCUUUUCUAUUCUGCAAGAUUUGGGUUCCUUUCUGUGUUCUUCCUCAGAGCAAGAAUCACAACUGUAGCAGAUUCAGAUAAUCUGUGUUCUGUUGGUUGCUGUCUAUCCUCUGUAAUUUAUUACCAAGUCCUAGUUUAGAGUUGUUAGUGGCUAGGUUGCAUGUCCUUCCUCCUCCUGAAGCUGCAGGUCAUGCCAAUACGACAGCUGCAACUUCCUCCUGAAGCAUUCAUGUAUCAUAAGAAUGGGAACUAUUUAUUUUGUUUCUUUUCUUUUUCUCUUGUCAAUCGACAAUGGAACCAGUAGCCUGUAUACUACUCUUUAGAUACAGCCAUUGCUGCACAGAACUGAUUGUACAGAGAGCAAAGCCAUGGCAGAGAAGUGCUCCAGCCUGCACUGCUGAGCAGCUGCAAACAAACAGCUUCUUUCCACUUGCCUCCUGCAUUUUAGGAUUUCAAGUCCAGUCAUUCUGCACAAACAGCACAGUACUGAUUAGGCAUCUGGGAGCUGUCUUUUAAAUAAAAAAUGAACCUGGAA